AUGCUUGUAUUUCUUUGUGUAGUUGCAGCUUUGCUAGCAUGUUCCGAUGCUGCAAAAUUAUCGGAACAGCAGAGGAAAGAACUUCAAACGAAGAGUUCCAAUAACGCUUGGUUGCUGUUUACUGCAAGACAUAAAUAUUACCUUCUGUAUCGUUCCGUAGAAAACGAUACUGCACACGGAGGAGUCAAACCGUGUGUUCAAAUAGAAUUGAAAAUGUGUUGGAACGGCGAAAAACUGAUGUGGUACUAUUUCAAUUAUAAAGGUAUCUAUAGAAGUGACUUCUAUCCACAGCCCCACAUGUGGAUCAAAGUUAAACUUUCUGAGAAACAAAAAAACUUAGUGACGAUGAAAUACGAUUUUUAUUACGAAGGUUUCAAGGAUUAUCGGCUGCUUUUUACCGAUUAUCAAACCUGCUUUACUUUAAUAAGGCUCCAUGACAAAGCUUUGCAGGUGUGGAUAAUUGGAAAGACACAUAUGACAGGGAUACACGAGACUUGCCAUUCUACUUACAACGAAAAAGUGAACGAGACUGGUGGCCUUACAGAUAUUCCAAAAUAUUAUAUCUACAAUGAAACGUGCCCGUAA